UUGCUCCAUCCCCAUAGCUCACCUUGGGAAGGAGUGGAGGGAGGCAGCCCUGCUUGUGCAGAGACCUACAGAGCAGCCAAAGGGAUCCAACCCCACUCCUUGUGACAGCCAUGAAGAGAAGCACCCUCCUCAUCCUUUCCAUCACAGGGGUCUACAGUGCCAUUCUCCACACAGCAGCAUGGUCUGUGAAUAACUUUCUGAUGACAGGACCUAAGGCUUACCUGACGUUCUCCAGCAGUGUGGCAGCCGGGGCACACAGUGGGAUGGAGGAGUGCAAGUUCCAGUUCGGGUGGGAGCGCUGGAACUGCCCCGAGAGCGCCCUGCAGCUCUCCACCCACAACCGGCUCCGCAGCGCUACCCGGGAAACCUCCUUCGUGCAUGCCAUCAGCUCAGCCGGGGUCAUGUACACCCUCACCAGGAACUGCAGCCUGGGAGACUUUGAGAGCUGCGGCUGUGAUGACUCCAGGAACGGCCGUGUCGGUGGCCGAGGCUGGGUCUGGGGAGGAUGCAGUGACAAUGUGGAGUUUGGGGAGAAGGUUUCCAAGCUCUUCGUGGAUGCCUUGGAAACAGGGCAUGAUACCCGUGCGCUGAUUAACCUGCACAACAAUGAAGUGGGGAGACUUGCAGUGAAAGACACAAUGAAGAGAGCCUGCAAGUGCCACGGGGUGUCAGGCAGCUGCAGCAUCCAGACCUGCUGGCUGCAGCUCGCCGAGUUCCGCGAGAUUGGCAACUACCUGAAGAUCAAAUACGACCAAGCCCACAAGCUGGAGAUGGACAAGAGGCGCGUGAGAGCUGGCAACAGCGCCGACAGCCGCGGCGCCACGGCAGAGACCUUCCACCACAUCCACGCCACGGAGCUCGUCUUCCUGGAGGACUCCCCCGACUACUGCACAAGGAAUGCCAGCCUGGGCCACCACGGCACCGAGGGCCGCGAGUGCCUACAGACUGGCAAGAACCUCUCACAGUGGGAGAAGAGGAGCUGCCGGCGGCUCUGCACCGAGUGCGGCCUGCGAGUGGAGGAGCGGAGGACGGAGGUGGUGGCCAGCUGCAACUGCAAGUUCCACUGGUGCUGCACGGUGCGCUGCGAGCAGUGCCGGACGCUGGUGGCCAAGCAUUUCUGCACCCGCCGUGACUCCGCUGCCCCCAACCACAUCAGGCAGAGGAACAGGGGGCACAGGAGAUAGGGGACACUUUGGUGUCCUCACACAAGGGGAAGGAGCGUCCUGGGGUCCAGAGGGUUGUGUGCACCGUGUGAAGUGAUGGGGUCUCCUGUGGAUGGAUGCAGUGGGAUUAGGAAGCACAAGGCGCGGGCGCUGAGGGAUCAUGGUCCAUCUUGCUUCCAUGUUUUUUCCUCAACAUUUACCAGUAGCUUCUUUCUUCUUGGGAGUCACUUUAUCUGUGUAUUGGACAGAGGGGAGGAAUGUCAUGGUUUUGGUGGGCUCAACCCCUUAUGUCCUUGCCAGUGGGUUUGCCAAUGGCAGAAGUGGGGCUCUGGCCCUGCAGCCAGAGGUGGGAACAGGUGCUGUGGCCAAAAGCAGGUCCAGCCAGGUGAUCCCAUCUGUGCAGCUUCAGGUCCCAGCCGUUCAUGCACAGCAGCUGCUUGGCAGCAUUUCUGGAGGAAAACUUAUGCACUUUGUGAUGUAAGAG